AAGGGAAAAGAAAUAGAGCGGGCUUUUUAAGAGGUGUACAUAAGAUAGGUGGCAGCAGUAGGAGCUAUGUAAAGAGUUUUUGCAUCCAUAUGUGUCUAUGGCUUAUUGCAUGGUUCGGCACAUCUCUCGUUCUCACUCCCAAAUCCCAAUUCCAAAGCUAUCAACCCCUCACUACACAACCUUCUCACUUCCUCUCUCUCUCUCUCUUUAUAUAUGUAUAUGACUUUACCACUGCUAUGAUAACUCCAAUACUCGAACCUUCACUUCUCAUUCUCCCUAACAUUCCAAAACCCCUUUCGUUUUCCACCUUCAAAACUCAUCAUUUUCUCUCCUAAACAACCCAUCAUCGACUUUCGCUUAAACUGAAUCCAUGGCUGCACUCCCGUCCACCGUUGAUUCUGUAAACUCAAACGGUUAUGAGAAUCCAACAGGUUUAUGGAGCAGAUCAUAUCAUAGCGUCUAUGAUCAAAACCCUUAUGUUAUAUUUCAAAGUUACGAAAACACUCCUCAAAUGUCGUACAGACCAUAUGCUCCCUCUUCUAUGAGGCGUCAUGGCCACUUUAACUCGCCACAACCAUUUCCCACCUCAGAUUACCAGUCACCAGUUUCUCCAAAUGCUCAAUACGGUGCUGCAUUAAGUUCAGUUACUCAGGCAGCAUUACCAAUUGAGUUCAAUCAAUGUACGAACAGUGAGAUUGCUCGGCCAAGACGAGGUCCAUCGCCACUUGAAUAUUCUGGUAGAGAAAGCAACCUUAUUGAAAAUUUUGAUGGUUUUAGUUUGAUGCAGCAAGGAUUCGAGAGGUUAGGAAUCAAUGGAUUAUGGUCAGACGUGUCUAAACCUAUGAAUAAUCAGAGUUCUCUAAUACAAAUGUUACCUGCAGCUGCUUCUUCAAAGCAAGUUGAUUUACAGGAAUUGCCUGAACUUAGUUUUAAAAUGGCUUUUCAACAUGAAGGACUAGUAUAUGGCUCCAGUUCUUGUACAAGUUCCUAUAAAGGCUACUGUAAUGAUGAUUACCGCUGUAGCCAUAAAAGUGUAUCAAAUUACAGGCCAGGGAGUAAUGGACAAACCUGGUCUGUAAGUAAGGAGGCCAAGGAAGGAGGAAAGCAUGAUCUUUUAUGCAGUUGUACAGGUAUGCUAGCAACACAAACUGCUCAAAAUAGGGGUCCUAGGGCUUUGAAGAAAAAAAGCCUGACUGCAGCAAAUGGUUCCAUCAUUAAUGAAAGCAAGAAUGGAACAUCCCCAAAUGUUUAUAAUGGGAAUUUGAAUCUGCUGGACACUUCCAUCAAGUAUAGGGAUGCAAAGUUCUUUGUCAUCAAAUCUUACAGUGAAGAUAAUGUCCAUAGGAGCAUAAAAUAUAGUGUUUGGGCAAGCACUCCAAGUGGCAACAAGAAAUUAGAUGCUGCAUAUCGUGACACAAAAGAAAAAGAGCAAGACAUUCCAAUAUUUCUGCUAUUUUCAGUUAAUGCUAGUGCCCAAUUCUGUGGAGUAGCUGAGAUGGUAGGGCCUGUAGAUUUUGACAACAGUGUGGACUAUUGGCAGCAAGACAAAUGGACUGGGCAAUUUCCUGUCAAGUGGCAUAUAAUAAAAGAUGUUCCAAACAGUCAGUUUCGUCACAUCAUACUCAAGGACAAUGACAAUAAGCCCGUUACUAACAGUAGAGAUACUCAAGAGGUGGAAUUGCAGCUUGGUAUUGAUAUGCUGAACAUUUUCAAGAACUAUGAAGCUCUUUCCUCCAUCUUGGAUGACUUUGAUUUCUACGAAGAACGACAGAAAUCGACGUGGGUAAGAAAGGUUGGUCGGCAAGCAAACUCAACUUCGUUGCUUGAAAAUAGAGGUAAGAUGCUGCAUCAUCCCAACAUGUCAUGUCACUUUCCAUUGUCUUACUCAAGACAAUUUUAAACAGCUAUUGCUGAUCAACUUGUCAUUUUAAGUGUGAAAUUAGAAGUAGACAAAAGGGGAGUUCUUUUUUAAUACUUUGAGCUAGAACUCAGUAGACAAAAGGGGAGUUCUUUUUUAAGACUUUGAGCUAGAACUAAGUAGACAUUUUGAGGAAAAGAGUGUCAAAAGCCCAACAUUCUCCAUUGGCUUCUCUUUUUUCUUCACAUAUUUUGGUGCCUUACAUGUGUGUUUUUUCA